CGUUCAGUAUGAUAAAAUUGGAAAGUUUUAUAGGCGAUAGCGACAUCGGCACAUCGGCUGGGAUAGAAGAUGUUUGUGAAAAGAUUUCCAAAAAAGAGCAACAAAUCGAUUCUCGCCUGGAAGAGAUCCUUUCGCAGCAGUGCCAGCUAGAGGCGAAAAUGCGCAGCAUAGGAAUAGCGCUUAGCAGUCUUAACGUGGUGUCGGACAAAAGCCGGCAUUUGUCGGAAAUGAUCAACCACACCGCAUCGUUGGCGGAAAGUGUGAGCGCCAAAGUGCGGCGGCUUGAUGAGGCAAGGAGUCGAGUCUCGGAAUGUCAGCAGCGAGUGCACGAUUUGAUCGAUCUUCAAUUGUGCAGCCAGGGUGUGAUGACUGCAAUACGCGAGGAAGAUUUCGAGCAGGGGGCUGCGCACGUGAAUCGGUUCCUGUCGAUGGACAAGACACUGCUACAGAAAACAGCCGACGACGUCAGCGGCUCGAUUACCUCCGUAAGCAAAGCGGUUUCCACACUCGAGCAAGCGACGGUACAGAUACAGCAGAUGGUAAACCAAAAGUUCGACGAGGCGGUCAAGCGGGAUGAUCUAGCAUCGGUGGAACGGUUUUUCAAAAUUUUCCCCCUACUCGGCAUGCACGACGAGGGUCUCGAAAAGUUCAUGACGUACAUCUGCGGCAAGCUGCAGGCCAAGGCCGCCAAGGAACUGCGCUCCUCGAUGGACAUUGCGAAAGCCGAAAAACGUACAGCAGUCGCUUACGCAGACACAUUGACGAUUUUGCUCGAAAAUAUUGCCCGCGUGAUCGAAGUGAAUCAGGCGAUCAUCGAGAAUUGCUAUGGGCCGGGCCGGUUGGUGCAGAUAUGCCGUAUACUGCAGCGAGAGUGUGAUGAUGAGGUUACCAAAUGCGUGCAGGAGUUUAAUCGCAAUCGUCAGACGGGCCGAAGGAUCGCACAAAUCAAUGACUAUAUUAAGAGUGCGGGCAACAGUUCGAGCGGUAUGGGCCAUUACCGAAAAGCUUCCGGUGGUGGAGGCUCGAUCGACAAGCUGAACGCGAAGGACAUCGAUAGUUUGAUUGGGGAGAUUACCAUCAUGCAUUCGCGUGCGGAGCUGUAUGUGAAAUUUAUCAAACGACGAUGUACUAACGAUUUGGAGAAAAGCUCCCUCUCGCCGGAAGUGAAACAGGAGCGUUUGUCCGAACUCAACACUUUGCUGCAAAAGUCUCGUCUAAACACGCAGAUGCAGGAACUGCUUGGUACAUAUCUACUGUUUGAGCGAUACUUUAUGGAGGAAAGCGUACUGAAGGCGAUCGGGCUCGAUAAGCUAGAGGACGGGCAGCAGUGUUCGAGCAUGCUAGACGAUGUGUUCUUUAUCGUGCGAAAGUGCAUCCGUCGUUCGAACGGGACACAAUCACUCGACGGCGUUUGUGCGGUCAUCAACAACGCGGCCAGCUGCCUCGAGGAGGACUUUUUGAAGGCUCUCAAAUCUCCUCUAAAGGCCGGCUACCCGACGGGCUACAUCGAUCUGGCCCAAGCGUACAACGCAUUCCAAAGCUCCAUCCAGCAGGGACGGCUGCAGACGAGCGAUUCCGAUCAUGCACGGGGAAGGUUCAUAGCCGCGCUCAACAAUGCCGACAUGUCGACGGAGUUCAUCGAGACGCUGUGGAAAAUGAUGGCCGAAGAGGUCGAGAUCACGUUCCCAACGAUGAGCGCCCGGGAGAAGGAGAAGCUGGACAGCUGUCUGGGUGGAUUGAAGUCGUUCGGUGAUUCGCUAAAAGCGCUGGUGGACUUUGGCUUCCAGCAGUUGCGUUCAUCGGCGAUUAAACCCCGGCUGCAUCCGUGGGUCGAUCAGUUUCUUACGCACAACCACAACCUGACAGAGGAGGAGCUGGCCACGUACGAGGCGGGGGAGACGUUUGUACAGUUUCUGAUCGUGCAGAUCGAUGGGCUGCUGAAUUCGUUCAAGGUAGCCUUGACGCCACGCAACUUUGAUGCGUUGGUCAGCAUCGUUACGACGGAAAUAACGACCCGUAUGGAGCGUGCAAUUAAGAAGACGACCUUCAACCGUAUGGGUGGGUUAGUGUUGGAUCAGGAGGUACGAGCGCUCGCUUCCUUCCUGACCGGUGCCACGUCCUGGUCAGUAAGAGACAAACUGGCUAAGCUGUUGCAGAUGGGUACGAUCCUGAACUUGGAGAGUGUUUCCGAGCUGCCCGAGUAUUGGGAAUCGUCGUCAGCAAGCUGGAGAUUGACGGCCAAUGAAGCACGGUCGAUAUUAGCGCUAAGGAUCGACUUUAAGAUGGAGGAUAUCAAAAAGAUUAAACUAUAACCUUGAAAUAAACGCACCUAUAACACAAGU